AGGGCCGAGAGGUUGGGUUCGACCGGCUUUUAUUUGCCCACAUAUUAUGAUUUGACACAAAUCGACAUCAAAUACAUCUGUGAUGUCAUCAGAGAGUACUUCAGCGGUAAAAGUGAUCACUUGUUUGCUCCGGCUGUUGAAAAAAGGGAUGAAUUAGUGUUAAAAAGCGGUACUUUUAGUGUCGAGGCAUUGAGUCUAACGCGUGCCGGACUCGUGAAGCAAAAGUAUAGUCGCGGACAUCCCUUCAUAGAUGCCAUUGAUUUGAAUUUUACGGCAAAUAAAUGUCUAAUUAAUGAAGAGUGGGAUUUGUGUCAGCGAUUCAUUAAAUCGGUCGACAAAUGCGUUAAAUGUACUCAAGAUUUUGGUUUGGAUCCGAAAGUUGUUGAAAACUUUUUCAAACCAUACGUUCAAUACUUCACAACUCAGUCUGGAUUUGAGACACAAUUGCAGAGGCCGUGGACUGCAGAGGACUUGACAGCACCUGAGUAUUCAUUGGCUAAACAUGUGUCCACAACCACUGACUACGAAACGCAACAGUUGUUGGUUUGGCUCAUAAAGCGAUUCAAACCUAAAUGUAUGCUAGAGUUGGGCUCUUGGAUGGGAUUUAGCACUCUUUUGAUGGCAAUCUCUGCCAAAACAUAUGAGUCUUCACAUUAUAAAUCCAGGAUUUAUGCGUGCGAUUCAUACGUGUGGCAGAAAUGGAUGUCUAAUUUUGUGAUCACGAAGAAUGUGAUGGCAAACGGCGACUCAUUUUUACCCCGAUUUGAGUAUAAUGUGGAACCGAUGCGUGAAUUCAUAGAACCUGUUGUUAUGAAUUUCGAUUCAAUACUUCCCCAAAAGGUAUCCGAAAUAAAACCGGAUUUUGUUUUCAUUGAUUUCACUCAAGACGCCGAAGAAUUGGAAGAAAAAUGGAUUCAUUUGAUCCCAAAUCUUAUCCCUGGAAAAACUGUUGUAUUGUUUAACGGACUUUCCGUUACAUCGAUUCCGUUCUUCAGUCGAUACAGUAAUCAACUCAAAGCUGUGGCUAAACCGCACACAAUAGCCAAAGCUUUUAUAUACAGUCCCGACGUUUCUAUACAAAAACCUUUGAAAAAUAUUCAAUUGAAACCAAUGUUUAAUUUUCAAACGCCUCCCGAUUGGGGCCAUCACUACAAGAAUGCUUUCAACGCUUCCAUCGAUUUAUUGAAACAAGAAUUUCACGACAAGAACUCAAACAUUCUGUUCAUACCAUCGGUUGAAGCAAUUCUUUGUGAUAAUCCGGAAGUAUUGAGAAAUAAUGAAUGGAUUGGUGUAAUACAUAUGACACCAGGAUAUCCACAACUGUUUUACAGUGGUCUGAACUUUGCCAACACGUCAUUUUCCAUACGUUUCAUAUACUUCUUGACAUUCCGAAACAAGUGUAAUUGCUCACAAGUUUUUGUUAUAAACCUAGUUUUGGACUUUGAGGAUUACAAAAUCCCGAUUCAAACAUUGGUUUAUCCCUUCGUUGAGCCCCAAGUGAUGAAAGACUCAAUUGUUUUGGAUUUAUUGCGGGACAAGAAGUCAGUGGAUCUGAUUCUUAUCGGAGGUUUUGCCAGAGAUUUCAAUCGCUUUUAUUCUGCAAACGUUUCAAAACAAUUCAAAAAAGUUAUUUUAGUCAACGAUUUGUCGACAGAAUAUCAGUUGAGUUGCGAUUAUCCGAAAGACAUUGAAGUGAAGACACGAUUGUCUGACGAAAAAUACGAGCAACAGUUGUACCGUUCGGUGCCAUUCCUGACCCUCCUAUACAACGGCGCCGCAAAUACACUGAUUCUCGAGUGUAUCGCAAGAAAUAUACCAAUACUUGUGCCUAAACUCAGCUCUUGUACUGAAUAUAUCGGUGAAGAUUAUCCUCUUCUAUAUUCUGCAGACGAAACCGAUUUCACUAACCUUUUGACUGAAGACUGCAUUCAAUCGGCGAUUAAUUAUUUGAAAAAUAUGAAUAAAUAUCGUUUUAAAAGCGAUUACUUCUUGGAAUCGGUAAAGAAUGGCAUAGUUUUGCAAUCAAUGGCUUUCGACUUCUCGUCCAAUACUUCGCAAAUAUCGGUGAAAUCAAUGCCAGACUUUUGUUCAUAUGAUGUCUCGGUCUGUAUUUGUUCCUUCAAACGGACCCAUCAUUUGCCACAAAUACUCGACUCUCUAUGGAAUAGACAGACAUUUAAAGGAAAUGUUGAAAUCAUUGUCUGGAAUAACAACUCUUCUCGUAGUCAUACUGUACUAGCGAUGCCUCAACUCAUGCAAAGCCAACGCCUAUUGAUUUGCGACGACGACUGUAUACCCGGUCCUGAGUUUAUCGACUUCUUUGUCUCCAAACACAACACAUAUCCGGAAGACGUGCUCUGUUUGAGAGGACAUCAGUUUUUGGAGCACAAACUCAAUGAACAAAAUCCGUCAAACUUUUGGAUAGAUUACGAGAAUCUGAGAUUUAUUUCGGACGAAAGACCGGAACAGUUGUUGCACUUCAUUCACGCAGACGUCUGUCUCAUCACUAAACAGGCUCUUCAGGAGUGCUCUUCAAUACCUGUUCCCGACUCCAGCUAUGCAUUGGUUGACGACUAUUGGAUGAGUUAUGUCUUAAACCAUAAAUUCAAUCGUAAGCUCAGAAAACUAACCACAAGUGGUGUUCCCGAAGGUUAUAUCAUCAAAAGGACUGAAGACUCGGAUGAGAUUGGAUUAGCUCUCUAUACAAGACCUGAAGUCAAACAAACUAAAGUCAGAUUAUAUAUUUAUCAUAUGCUUCAGGGAUGGCCUCAAUGGGAGAAAGAUAUCACUGAAAACAAUAUUAAAUUGGAUGAGAAAGCUAUAAAAGUAUUGACUGACAAUAAGAAGCAUUUUUGGGAUCAAUUGUUUGUUGGAUUCAAUAUUUCAUCAGAAAUAAGUGCAGAAAGUGUUGAAGUUUUGGCUGAAAUGGGAGUCAAAUGUGUGAGAAUAGGAGCCGUGGGUUUAGGCGAUAAAGUCGACUAUGAAUUCAAAGCAUUCCUCAACGAUAGGGACGAAGAGAUGAAACGAUUGAAACAAACGAUAUCUCUGUUGAAAUCGAAAGGUAUUCGAGUUGUUCUCACUCUUAGGAAUGGAUUGUCUUCUCCAGAGGUUUGGGAAUUCAUUGCAAAGAAUCUGAAUUCAGAGGAAUAUGUGGUCGGAUAUGAUCUCAUUAAUGAGCCCUUCACUCCAUUGGAGAGUCAAUACGAGUUUGAAGACAACGAUCCGGUUUUGGGUGAGUUUGGUAUCAGUCGAGAGGUGUCGGGCGCUCAUCAAUACUUGGAUUCAAUUAUGAAGUCAUGCAAAACAUAUGCCAUCUCUUCAUUCAUCUAUAGCUUCAGAGAUGAAGAAUGGGAUUCAAUGGACUACGAGUUGGGAACUGAUGUCUCGACCAGAACUGUCAAACAAGAAAUGUCUCAAAAUAUAUUAAUGCAAACUAUUAUAAAUGGCAUUCGAGAUACUGUUAAGUAA